AUGUGGUAUAACCCGGCCCAGUGGCUCAACCACCCUUGGAUUUUGGCGUACACGGAAAUGGCCCAAGCGGGACCAUCGGUUGAUUGGACCAAAAUGUUCUCGAUCCCACAACCCACCACCCCUACCUUCUUUAUGGAAGGUUAUGCCGGUCCCUCUCCCCCUUUACCUCCAUCUUCGACCGAUUCAUUGCUCCCAGUCACAGUCCCAACUCCCCCAUUGCUGGUACCGACAGCUUCAUCAUCGCUCCCGGCCCCAACAAAACCAAUGCGUCAGGCAAAAUCAACCGAUCCUGUGCCAGCGGCUAAAACGAAGUCCAAGAGUAAGACGAAGUCUGGGCGAAGGAAACCCGAGGCCGGGUCCAGCGCCCAGCCACAAUCAGAGGUGACUCCUAACGACACCGCUGCCCCAGUCCAAAGCAAAAAAAGAAAAGGGGACUCGAUCGAAGCCAGGCCAAAGAAGACCAGAGUCGUGAGCGCGGAGUUCAUCAACAGCAGCAGUGAUGAGGAAACAUUGAAGCCGAAGUCGGAGUCACUUCGACCAGUUGGUGGGGAAGCAAAGGCGGUUAAACCCAAGUCCCAGCCCCAUUUCUCCCGCAUGACACCCAGUGCCGGCUUCAGUCUCAUCCGAAGGCCCAAGUUAGACCCCGACGCCGGUCCUCCCAAGACCACCAUGGCCGCUUUAAGGCAAGCCAAAACUGCCGAACGUCUUGCAAAUCAGAAUGCUGCGAUUGCAAAAGGCAAUUAUCAGCUUGCGGAUAUCCCCUGUGAGGCCUGCAGCAAACGCCAAGAUCGAGACAUUGUUCCAUGCGCUAUCCGUUCCCCCCCACAACAAGGAUCCUGCUUCACCUGCAGUACGGGUAAGACGACCUGCACAUAUGCAGUAACCAACAAAAAGGACACCGACAGUGAGGUCGAAGACGAGAUCCAAAAGGGGUUGCAGGAUCUUGAAACGGCCACAGUCUCCGGGGGAGAUGCCCAAGUGAAGAUCGUGAGGAAGAAAGCGAGGUCAAAGAAGCCGCAGGUGAAGAAGGUGAAGCAGGAUGUCAAAGAGAAGGGCAAGCAGGAUGUCGAAAUGGCCGCAGUCGGGCAUGAUGUGGAGCAUGCAAUUGACGUGGACAUGGAGGUUGGUCUGACAAUGGGAAAGGGGAAGUCCGAGGGUGGUAUCGACAUAGAGAUGGCCGAAGUCAAACAUGAGGAAACCGAGGUCGGUGCCAUUCCAAAAGCCGACAAAGACGUGGGCCGGGUGACUCCCACCAUAAUCAUUGAGCCACCCACACCACACACAUCGGCGAUUUUCAAGAGCACUGAGACCGAGGUCGGUACCAACACUGACAAAGGAAAGGGCUGGGAGAUUGGGCCGCCAGCCAGUGAGAUGGAUUGGAUCGUGCCCGAGUUAGCAAUGCGGCCAGAAUUGGGCUUGGCUGUCAAUUAUAUCCAACAAAGCUUUACACCCCCAUCUGUUGAGCGCACGUCCCGGCCAGAAGUUGACACGGCACUCUAUCAGAAGAAGAUUGACUUUAGGUCCUUGAGCCCCCCACCGAACUUCGACAUGCAGACGAUGCAGCAGGAGAUCAGAAGACUUGCUCAUGGCCAAGCCGACCUCCUGCAGAAACUCCGAGACCAACAAGCGCAAGUCAGCGUCAUGGAGUCGUCUACCCCUACUAUGCGAGAGUAUUCGGCAUUUGUGGUCCAAAAACAAGAUAUUGAUGCAAGUGCCCUUCUCCCCCCGGCGGUUGACUCACCCGUGACCCUGUCACAAUGUCUUUUGGUGCUCGAAGAGAUUACCCGGUGUAUUCAAGAUCAAGAUUUGGCUAGCCGUCCUCUGUCGGAGAAAAUUGCAAGUCUAGAGACCUCCGUUUGGUUUCAGGAAGAAAAAAUCACCAGAGCGACUUGCCGGAUGGACCGUAUUGAAGAGUCUGCCCACAUGCGUUGGAAGGAAACACAAGAAGAUUUGCAGUCCAUCCGAAGUGAUCACCAGAGACUGGAAGCCGAGGUGAGGGAAGCCGUCAAGACACUGGAGAACAAGUGGGAGACUACGCCAGCUGCGUUACAAGAGAGUCUCACCCGGGGCUUUGAGAAACUUGCAAGCCACAUUGAAACUGCUGAGCUAACGCUCCACGACCUCACCAAAUCAGUCACUACUAUUUCGGAGCUCAACCUGCGGCUCGGUGCUCGCCAAUCAAGUCUGGAAUCGCUCAUUAUCCAGUUCCUCGGCAACAAGGAGAAGAAGCACACUGGCAUCAAUACCGAUCGCUCAGUCUCACCCGACCGUGGUCAGAAAAGCCAGCAGGUACAAGUCUCCCCGACCCCGGGUGUCGUUCUGCCAAACCCAGUUUCAACCGAUCACGCGCAAGUCUCUCCAACCCCGGCCAUCUUUCUGCCUCCAGCAUCUGAGAGCCCAGCGGUCCUUCUGUUGGCACCAAACCCAAUUCCUCCAACCCGGGCAAGUUCGCCCGGUCCUUACAUUGGGGGUAAUAGGAAGUCACCUCGGCUACAGAAACUCGAACCCACACUUCAAACCCCUGCACAGAGCAGCCGAGUGUGGUUGUUUGAGCCAGACCCGUUCCNACAUGGUGUCAACUGGAUGGGACCAGGUUGGGCUGAUCCACGCUGCAUGGGAUUCAAAGCUCUUCAGCAGACCCAUGACACAUGA